CGCGCGCGCGCGCUGAAAGGGACUGGGCCUUCUCGGCCUCCGUCCCUUUCCUGAAGCGUCUUCCGGGCCGUCCUCCGCCGCCAAAGGGGCUCGGAGGCCCACGGAGGCGGUGGCUGUGCGGGAGCCAUGGCAGAUUACUGGAAAUCGCAGCCCAAGAAAUUCUGUGACUACUGCAAGUGCUGGAUAGCAGACAACAAGCCUAGUAUUGAAUUUCAUGAAAGAGGAAAGAACCAUAAGGAAAAUGUGGCUAAGAAAAUUAGCGAGAUUAAAAAGAAAAGUUUGGAAAAAGCAAAAGAAGAAGAGAAAAUGUCAAAGGAAUUUGCAGCCAUGGAGGAAGCUGCAAUGAAGGCGUAUCAGGAGGAUUUGAAGAGGCUUGGAGCUAAGCCAGAAUCUGUAGGUUCAGCCCCGAAAAAGCAAGAAGAAAAACGAGUAAAGAAGGAGAAGAGGAAAAAAGAGACAAAGACCCCAGAAACAUCAUCAAAUGAAACAAAAGAAUGGGUGCGAGGAUUUUCUUCAGAGGGCUACAUGUAUUACUAUAACACCCUAUCGGGAGAAUCACAGUGGGAGAAACCAGAAGGAUUUGAAGACAACCUUCAGGAUUCCCAAAGGCUAGCCCAGUGGGUGGAAGGAGUGAGUGAAGAUGGUCAGACCUAUUACUACAAUACAGAAACUGGAGUAUCAACCUGGGAGAAGCCUGAUGGUUUUGUGUCGUCUUCAAACAAAAGCUGUCGAGAGGAAGACCAUUCUGGAGAGGGCCCGGAAGCAAAUUCAAAGGGAACUGAGUCAGAUGCUGGAAAGGGGGGUAGUAAAAAGGAGCUGCAGAAACGCCAACAGAACAUCCAGCAGAAAGCAGAAAGUGAUGAAGGACAGGCAAAGCCUUGCAGGCCGAAAAAGAUCAGCCCUUAUGGAGAAUGGCAGGAAGUGAAACCAGAAAGUGUGGAGCCUGAGGGUGGAGCAGCGCCUCCCCCAAGAACGCCCCAGGCAGCCUCGGCCACAGCCAAGCCUUACGGCGAAUGGGAGGAAAUCACUGAAGAGGAAGACCCUUAUGAAAAAGUAGAUUUGGAACUUCCCAGUACAGAGAAUGACUCUCUGCCAGCCCCAGUUCUAGAAGUACCAGAGGAUGCUAAAUUGAUAUUCAAGGAAAAAACUGUCACUUCUCUCUCUGACACAACAGCAGGGGUAUCAGUUUUCAAAAAACGGAAAUUUGAAAACGGAAAAUUGAGAAACAUACGGCAAAGACUGAGUGAUCACUGAUAAUUCAACCGCACUAUCUGGUUGCUCUUUCAGUGGAGGCAAAGAGAGGAAAUAUUUUUAAAGUUUCUUUCCAGAGGAUGGUCAGAAAUCAAGGCUUUUAGUCUUCAAAAGUGUCCUGUGUACAGAUUAAUCUCUUGUUUUUUUGCAGAUACUGUUUUGGUUUGCUCAAAGGAAAUUUUCAUUUAAGCAAUUGUGUAAAUAUAUAUGUAUAUAUAUAUAUAUUUUUACAUCCUGUGUUGUAUGAACUCCUGGUGUUUUUUUUUUUGUUUGUCCUGUGCACGCUUGAGUGGGAAGGCAUCAUUGAGCUCAAGGGGAAGUAUUCAGUCCCUGGGGGCGGUUGCCUUCCAAAUAGGAGUCCGCUAUGUGGUACUGUUUGUCUUAAGACAACUGAUUAACAGAAGGUGAUGAAAUGUCGUCAUCCUGUUAAAAAUAUGAAUGUAUAACCAGACAAUUCUUAAUUCAUUAGACUUAACAGAGGCUUGGACAAAUUCACUUUGUUCUAUCUUGGACUUUAGUCUGCAGUUCAGUUAUGAGGAUCUGCCGCCUCUUUGGCUAGGACUGGAUUGCUUUUUCCCUCAAAUUAUGUUUUCUUUUUAAACAAAAUCCGUUUUUGUCUUAAUAACACAUUGCCCAGGUCUCAAGUAACUAACCCCUGCAGCCACAUUUCUGUGCACCCCCUCCAUCAGAAUAAAGAUCUUUUUACUGCUUGCCAUGA